CCACCCCCUAGGCUCCCCAGUUUGGGGACCCCAUCCCGAACAGUCUCUGCCACCUACCUGAGGAACUACACUUCCCAGCGGGCGCUGGAGCAGCGACCACAGCUCCCAGCGUGCUCCUAGGCGCAGCUCCGCCCUCGGCUUUAACCCCGUAGUGACUGCCAGCUGGCGCGGAGGGGGGCAGGGCCUGCCACUCGUCCCACAGAAUGCCUGAGGGCCCUGAGCUGCAUCUGGCCAGCCACUUCGUGAACGAAGCAUGCAGGGAGCUGGUGUUUGGCGGGUGUGUGGAGAAGUCACCUGUCAGCCGCAACCCUGAGGUGCCCUUUGAGAGCAGUGCCUACCACAUCUCAGCCCUGGCCCGAGGCAAGGAGCUGCGCCUGACGCUGAGCCCCCUGCCUGGGGCCCAGCCCCCACAGGAGCCAUUGGCCCUUGUCUUCCGCUUUGGCAUGACCGGCUCCUUCCAGCUGGUGCCCAGAGAUGCACUGCCGCCCCAUGCCCACCUGCGCUUUUACACGGCUCCACCCAGCCCCCAACUUGCCCUCUGCUUCGUGGACAUCCGUCGCUUCGGCCGCUGGGAACUUGGAGGCGAGUGGGAUCCAAGCCGUGGGCCGUGUGUUCUGCUGGAGUAUGAGCAGUUCAGGGAGAAUGUGUUACGAAACCUAGCAGACAAGGCCUUUGACCAGCCCAUUUGUGAGGCCCUCUUGGACCAGAGGUUCUUCAAUGGCAUUGGCAACUAUCUGCGGGCAGAGAUCCUAUACCGGCUGAGGAUACCCCCCUUUGAGAAGGCCCGCACGGUUCUGGAGGCACUGCAGCGGCACAGGCUGAGUCCAGAGCUGACCCUGAGCCAGAAGAUCAAGGCCAAGCUGCAGAACCCAGACCUGCUGGAGCUGUGCCACUCAGUGCCCAAGGAAGUGGUCCAGCUUGGGGGCAAAGGCUAUGGGCUGGAGAGCAGGGAGGAGGACUUUGCUGCCUUCCGAGCCUGGCUGCGGUGUUAUGGCACACCGGGCAUGAACUCCCUGCGGGACCGGCAUGGCCGCACCAUCUGGUUCCAGGGGGAUCCUGGACCCCUGGCACCCAAAGGGGGCAAGUCCCGCAAGAAGAAAUCCAAGGGAGCACAGCAGGGCCCUGAGGACAGAGUGGAGGAUCCUACACUUCAAAACAAGGCCCCUUUAAGGACACGAAGGGCACAGAGAGGCCUUGAGCAGAGUACAGCCCAGCAGCCCAAGGGGGUCAGCCUCCAACAGGACCCAGAAACCCCCCUAGUCCCUGAGAAAGGGAAGAGGAGGAGGCGACAGGCAACCUCAGGCAGGCCUUUUGUGGUGGCAUCCUCCUCUAGAGAGGGAAGGGGCACCACCAAAACGAGCUUUCCAGGAGAGGAGGGGCUGGCAGCUAGUGCAGUGGGAGGAAGCUGGCGGGGCUGUCCUCAGCCUGCAAUCUGAGCUGUGGCCUCCCUCGCCUGUUCUCCUAGGCCGCCGCAGGCCCCGAAAGAUCAUGGGUGACACCCCAUCCUUGGAGCCUGAGGGGACAUCAGCUUCUUAACAGGAGGUUCUCCUUGCCUGCAUCCACCCCUUCCUGCUGCCCUGCUCUGGAUCUGGCCUGUGUGGCUUCCUAGAAGUUGCAGGGAACUGGAUGCCCUUGGCCCUAUAGCCAUUCCCUAUACAACUAUGAUGUUUUUAAUUAUACCCUACCUUCCCCACUUUUUAAGCCCACAUGAAAAAUGCUUUAAUUUUUAAUAAACUGAUAAACUUGAA